GUUGAGCUCUGCACUGGCAUCUCAGUAGCUCCUCUCAAGAGAGGAGCCAUCUGGAAGUAGCUGCCAGGUUUGGCAAGAUGACCUGAACUGCCACAUCUUCAAGAAGCAUGGAAAUCCCCACAUCUCCCUCAAUAGAAAUCCUUUUGGAGUUUUGUAGCUGACUCAGAGCUGCAAGAAGAAGAAAAGAAGAGAAAGAGAGAGAUUACUUUUCAGAAGCACAAGCAGUAUCUUGCAGACAAGAUGACAUUUACUGGCUUAGUUUUCUUCUGUAUGCUGAUGAACAUGCUAACAGAUGCCCGAUCCAUCCAGGAUGGAGAUGAUCUCUACCAGGAAGCUGCAGCCUUGCCGUACUGGCCCUUCUCAUCCAGUGAUUUCUGGUCAUAUGUGGAAUAUUUCCGGACCUUGGGAGCCUACAACAGGAUCAAUGACAUGGCCAGAGCCUUCUUUGCCCAGUUCCCUUUUGGGAGCCACCUUGGCUACCACGUACCUGACCAUGAGCAUUGAGUGCCUCGCUCAGCUUCGUCAGCGCUGCUGCCCAGGUAUUUGGGUGAGCAGCUGUCUGCCAGUGAAUGCUCCUGGGCUGCCUUCAGCUGCUUCGUGAUACCAUGGUCAUGUGCAGCAUUUUAUGGUUUUGAUGAGUCUCUUUUUUACCGUUUCUUGUAAGGGUGUUUGAGUGAACACCUGACUGCCAGCAAAUGUACCUGGAGUGUGCUUCAGCCACUAAAUGACACUGCAGCUACAUCCAGCACUUCAGGCUUUAAAUUAGUCUCUUUUUUACAAUUUAUGCUUCUGUAUGAAACAAUAAACUCCUCCAAUCUGCUGCA